UGUGGCAACUUAGUCUACCAUGUCUGUGUGAGGUGAAGGAUGCUCCCGCUCAGCCAAAUAUUGGUGAUUUGCCCUCUCACGGAAGGCUAAGAAUGUCGAGACUAGCGGACUAUUUCGCCAUCGUUGGAUACGACCACAAGAAUGACCGUAAUGGAAUUGGCUCUGGUAAAAUCAUUCAGCGAUUUCCAGAGCGAGACUGGCCAGACACACCUUUCACAGAGGGACUGGAGCUGUUCUGUCAACCACAAGGUUGGGCACUAUCAACAGACCGCCAGGAGCCAAAAUUUUUUGUGUCAGUGCUGACAGACAUAGAUGCCAACCGCCACUACUGUGCAGUGCUGUGUUUCAAUGAGGCUGUCUCCAUCACUCCCAGCAAGCCCACAGAUGAGGAAGAUGAUGGGCUGGAGCUGGGCAACAGUGGGAUGCGGGGUGUGGUGCCCCCAGUGCCCAUCAUCACCCACCACUCCAUCAUGUACGCCCCCAAGUGCCUCGUUCUCAUCUCACGACUCAACUACUUCGAAACCUUUAGAAAUUGUAUGGGCAUUGUGUACACAGUUUAUAUGGAGGGACUUGGGGUGAGCAUGGAGACACUCAUUGGAAACAUGGUGGGCUACGUACAGGUGUCCCCUCCAGGAGGACUGCAGGUUCGGUUCAGCAUCGGUGCAGGAGACAGACAAGCCCUUCAACCCCCAGCCUCCCCCAGCAUCCCUGUCACCAACACCACAGUUCUCAGUCUCUUCAAUCAGCUUGGUAUCAAGAAUGUGAUGGUGAUCUUCUGUGCUGCCUUAACUGAGCAUAAGAUUCUCCUCCACAGUCAGUCUUAUUGCAGACUAACAGAAUCUUGUCAUGCUCUAGAAGCUCUCCUUUACCCCUUUAAAUACUCUCAUGUUUACAUUCCAAUCCUUCCUGCCUCAUUGGUUGAGGUCCUCUCCACCCCCACUCCCUUCAUCAUGGGAGUCCACUCAUCACACCAAAAUGAUAUUGCUGAGUUGAUGGAUGUCAUUGUGGCAGAUCUGGAUGGAGGCUCCAUUCGUGUGCCUGAGAGUCUCACACUGUCCUUGCUGCCAGAGCCUUUCUGGUCACAGACUCAUAAUGCACUGUCGAAGGUGCUGCAUCCUGACCUCAGUACUGCAGAUAAUGCCUUCCCCUCGAGUGCUGGCAUCAGAGCCACCCCACACGUCAUGGUAGACAAAGAGAUUAGGGCAGUGUUCAUGAGGAUGUUUGCUGAACUGCUACAGGGUUACCGUUCCUGUCUCACCAUCAUUAGGAUACACUCCAAGCCAGUCAUCACUUUCCACAAGGCAUCUUUUCUUGGCAACCGCGGAAUGGUGGACAAUGAGUAUGUGGGUAAGCUCCUGGACUGCAUGUUUUUCACAACAUUUGUCACGGAGCGUGGUCCACCCUGGCGAGUGUGUGACCUGUGGGAUGACGUUUAUGCAAACAUUGGGGACCAGCUGCGGCAGGAACAACACGACAGUCGAAAGAUGCUGGAAAAUAUUCAGGAACUUGCUCAACAGCUGUACAACAACGAAAACCCAAACCCACAGCCGUUUGUUCCCAAGAUCCCGAAGCCCACAGAGGGUUCCUUUACUCGCAUCCACCAGCCAGUCUUCCCCCACAUUGACUCCCAGCAGGUCCAGAGCAUCAUUGAUGAAGGCACAUCCAAGAAAAUGAAACUUCCCCAGAAGGCAGGUCAACCAAGAAUAGUACCUAUGGGUCCCCACAUUUCCAGUUUACAGUCUGGCAGAGGAAUAGUAUCCAGCUCUGCAAGAAGACUAGAAGUAAUGAGAAACUGUGUGAACUGUAUAUUUGAGAACAAGAUCAGUGAUGCCAGAAAAACAUUCCCUGCUGUGCUGCGUGCACUAAAGAGCAAAGCAGCUCGGCUUGCUUUGUGCACUGAGCUGAGCCACCAUGUCCAAGGUAACAGAGCAGUGUUAGAACACCAGCAGUUUGACCUUGUGGUGCGACUCAUGAACUGUGCCCUGCAGGAUGACUCACCCCUGGAUGAAUAUGGUGUGGCUGCUGCCCUGCUCCCUCUCUCAUCAGCUUUUUGUCGGAAACUUUGCACUGGAGUCAUACAGUUUGCCUACACUUGCAUACAGGAUCACAGUGUUUGGAGCAAUCAGCAGUUCUGGGAGGCAUCAUUCUACCAGGAUGUACAAAGAGAGAUCAAGAGCCUGUACCAAGAUCGCUCCCAGCAGACCAGCAAGGCAAUCACCUCAGAUGCUCCUGUAAUGAAAGACCCCAGCCUCAGUCCCCUCAACCCCAAAGAUUUUGUAAUGUCUCAGAAACGUAAGAGUGGAGCCUGGGGUGAAGUUGAUAACAAGAUGCAUCGCUCUGUUGCCUUGGAAACUAAGAUCUCAGAAUGGAAGGAUGGAAGGUCAUCAUACCUUCGGCCGCAUGAACCCUCAGCACUGGAAAUUGCAGCUGAGCAAAUGAGAUUGUGGCCCAACAUAGAGAACAAAAAGCAGCGUGAGCUGGUGGAGCAGGAGGAAUCCACGCUGUACUCGCAGGCCAUUCACUAUGCCAACAGAAUGGUGUACCUCAGGAUACCCCUAGACAUCAAUGCAGCAGUGCACAGGCGAACCUACAAUGAACGAGAUAAUGCCAGCAACAGCAUAACAAACAGCAUGGCAGAGAGUGAUAGUCUUGAUGCAGAAUCAGGCUUUGAGGACCAGGAGCAGAGUGACCGAGAGACAAGUGUGGUGCGCUUUGUGUCCAGGUUUGUGGACAAGGUGUGCACAGAAGGCAAUGUUACAGAGGAGCAUAUCAAGUCACUUCACCAGAUGAUCCCUGGGGUGGUGGCCAUGCAUGUGGAGACCCUCGAUGCUGUCUACAAGGAAUCCAAGAGGCUGCCACCCAUUCAGAAGGAGAGAAACACUGAUGGGAGUAAGCAAUACAGAUUAUAUGAGAGUCUUGCAUGUGCACUUCAAGGGCAUAGGACUCUUGGUUCAUUAAAACAAGUGAGGAAAAGUGUGUAUAAGCUAUUUCAUCCUAAGACUGCUAUGAAGGUGAAGCCCAAGAUCCUGCUUCCCUCACUGGUGCCUGGAGAAGAGGUCAUGUAUGAGGGCUUGAGGGUUUACCUGCUGCAAGAUGGCCGGGAAGAGUCAACUGGUGGUCAUGUUGGAGGUCCCAUUCUGCUUCCGGCUGAGGGGGCACUCUUCCUCACUAACUACAGACUCAUCUUCAAGGGUCUCCCCACUGACCCUUAUGCGUGUGAGCAGGUGGUGGUGCGGUCAAUGCCCGUCACAUCCAUCACUCGGGAGAAGCGGGUGCCGGCCAGUCAGCACCCAGGACCCAUGGACCAGUGGCUCAAUGAGGGGCUGCAGAUCAGGUCCAACACCUUCCAGCUCAUCAAGGUGGCCUUUGAUGAGGAAGUUCCCCAGGAAAGCAUAGAGGCGAUGAGAAAAUUGAUAAACCGACUCCGCCAUCCUCCAACCAUCCUGCAUCUCUUUGCCUUUGUGGGCCACUGCCAUGUUCCUCAGACACCCAGCAGACAACAGAAAGACAAACCAGGCUAUGGCACUCUCCGUGGAUUUGCCAAGAAGACUCUGAUGAAGACAGCUAAGGCAGCAGGCCUCAAACCAAGCAAGGGUGGAAAAAGGCACAAGUAUGUCUUUCCAAACAGCAGCAAAUCCAUGACCUCACCCGGCCGCAUGAGCCUGGCACAGGUACCCAACAUGGACUUGAGCAAUGAAGACUUACAUCUUGAUGAUGACCUCUCAAUUGUGGAUGAGCUGGAGACCUCCGGGCUGAGCAAUGGGUCCAGUGGGCAGCUUUCGGUGGCUGGACUGGUGGGAGUGCGGGAGGUUGACAACAAGACGCUGGAGAAGCUGUCUGAGCGCAGCUACCACAAGGACUACAUGCGGCUCAGUCUGGGCAGCCUCAGCACCACCACCACCACUGUGCCACCUCGGAGCAAGGCUGAGUUCAGGGUCACGUCAUGCAACAUCAAUUACCAACUGUGUCGAAGCUACCCAGCCCUGCUGUCAGUUCCUUCCAGCACAGGGGAUGAGAGUCUGCACCGCCUAGUUCGCUGCUACCGCCACAACCGGCUGCCCGUCAUUACCUGGCGGCACCCACGCACCAAGGCCCUCCUGCUGCGAGGCGCCGGCUUCCACACCAUGAGCGUCAUGAGUAUGUUGAAGGGACCAUCCACAACAACGGGAAACACCAGUGAAGUGUCCUAUUCAGUGGAGCAGGAAAAGUACCUCUCUGCAGUUGUCCAGUCCACUCCUCUGUCUGUGUUGCGCGAUGGGUCUUCAUGGCGACUCACUGACUCCUCCCUCUCCAUCAACUCCUUGGUGCUGGCUGCUGGAGGGGCCACUCUCGAGGUCCCUCCAUACCACCCAUCCUACCCUACACUAACUCCUGAAGUUGGCAGGAAAACAAACCCCCUUUCAAAGGCCAUGAACACACUACGGACAGGCGGGGGCAAGGGCACUGGCAGAAUGGGGCGUUGGGGCUCCAUGAGGGCUUCCAGGCCUGGCACGCUAUCCGGGGGUGGUGUUGGGGGGACCCUUGGGACCCUCCGCCACUACCCCACAUCCACCCCUGCCCUUCGUUCCAGCAUCAGCACGGGGCCAAGACUCUCCGUGGACUCCUCAGACACCGGCUCAGAAGCUGUUCAGUCAUUCCACAAGGCAGCACUCUAUGUGUUUGGUGAAAAGACUCAAAUUAAGGGCAUCAAGGCAGAUGCUUACCACAAAACGGAGUUCAUCCCAGUAGACUACACUGAAGUGCGGCAGAUCAAGUCGUCAUUUAAGAAGUUGAUGAGAGCAUGCAUACCUUCUUCCCCUGCUGCUGAGCAAGAACAGUCCUUCUUCAGAGCCAUUGAGAGCAGUGAGUGGCUGAACCAGUUGGAAUUCCUGCUACAGGUGGCUGGGGCAGUGGUGGACCUCAUAGACUCCCUGGGUGCCUCUGUCAUGGUGCUGCUUGAGGACGGCUGGGAUUUCACUGCUCAGGUAACAAGUAUAGCCCAGCUUUGCCUCGACCCUUACUAUCGCACCAUUGAGGGCUUUCGGGUACUGGUGGAGAAAGAAUGGUUCGCCUUUGGCCACAGAUUCAACCACCGUUCAAAUCUGCUUCAGGGAUCACAAGCAAGUGGAUUUGCUCCAAUUUUCUUACAGUUUCUUGAUGCUGUACACCAAAUCCAACGACAGUUCCCUCUCUCCUUUGAGUUCAAUGAAUACUACCUCCGGUUCCUGGCCUACCACUAUGUUUCUGCCCGGUUCCGAACCUUCCUGAGCGACUCUGAGCUGGAAAGAGCAGAGCUUGGCAUAAUGACAGAGGAAGACAAGCGAGGCUCUCUCUCACGCCAUCACAGGGGUCUUGAGUCAUCCCAGGAUGAUGAUAUCUAUCCUGGAGGAGGUCGUAUCGGUUCACCUGGAUCCUCAGGCCAGCUGGGACAGUCUGUUUUUGACUACAUAGAGAAGCUGAGUGGACGGUCUCCAGUCUUUCACAACUUCUUGUACAUGGGGGAAAGAAUUAGUGAUUCAACGGUGCUCCGGCCUGUGAAGGAGGUAAGUGCCCUGCACCUAUGGAGCUACUUUUUGGGGGAGGAGCUGCGACACGGGCCUUCUUAUGAUCCUGAGGUGCAGAAUCUGGACCGUCAACAGGAGGAGGAGGCAGAGGCAGCUGAUGGCACUACCACUACAUCUCAACGCAGGAUUGUCAUGAGCGGAUAUGACUGUGUGUGGGGAGUGCAGCUGGAUGCAUUCUCGGCCCAGCUGGAGGAGCUUCACCACCUGGAGCUGGAGUUGGGUCACCUCCCACAGAAAUGGAAUGUACACUGGGACAAGCUAGAGUUGCCUCCUCCUGAGCAGCUUACACGACAAGUGUCCAUGACAACCCAGAUGGUGAGGCAUCAUGGCCGCAGUGUUCACAAGCGCAGCACAAUAGAGAUUCUGAUUCGAGGAAAGACCAGUGGGAGUGGUGGUGGUGGAGGUGGUGGAGACACUCCCCAGGGCUGCUACUCUCAUCCUCAUCGCUUUGAGAAGUACAACUAUACCACACCCUCAUACUGCGACCACUGCACCUCCCUGCUCUGGGGGCCACUCAAGACGGGGAUGAGAUGUAUGGAUUGUGGUUACAAUUGUCACGAGAAGUGUAUAGACUCUGUGCCCAAGAACUGCACGAAGUUUAAGAGUGUCCGGGAGUCUGGAGUCAGCAUGCAAACAAGCACAAAGCCAACCAGCCUGGACACAACCUCAGUGGGAUCAGGUGUCACCUCCCUGCAGACAACAUCACACCAAUAUUAUGAGCAGUUUUCCUCCAAUGUUGCUGAAAACCGCACUCAUGAAGGUUCUCUGUGGAAACGUGGCUCAUUACUCAAGAACUGGAAACAGCGGUGGUUUGUCCUGGACAGUGUGAAGCAUCAGCUGCGGUACUAUGACAGUGUAGGCAUGGAAGACUCCCACUUCAAGGGCAUCAUUGAACUUUCUGAUGUGGUGGCUGUUGUGCCUUCUACACCCACUCAGGGUGCACCAAAGAAGGUGGAUGAGAGGGCUUUCUUUGAUCUCCAGACAAAACGGCGGCUGUACAAUUUUUGUGCAUCUGAUGCGCAGGCAGCCAAGGAGUGGAUCGAAAACAUUCAGUCGUGUCUACAGUAAUGAGGACAAAUUUCUUAAUUGUAGGAUCCUAGUUUUUACCUGUUCUGAACAUUGAUUUUUCACUCCAUUCUCAUCUUGUUUUUAUUAUUUGUAAAUGAUCAUUAAGUAGAGGGUUACAAUAAUCAGGUUCCUCACAGUUAUAUCAUUACAGUGAUAACUGAUCUACUAGUUUGUUCUUGGUACUGUUAUUCAAAAAGUGCACCACAUUCUUCACAUUUAAAGCAAUAACGAUAUUUUCAAAUGAAGUGUUUUUGAAAUUAGAUUUCCCACAAAACUUUCCUUUGUAGGUAGCGUGUCUUACGUCAUAUUUAGUACAGUGUGUGAUUGUUGAUUCUGAAUGUGGAGCUCUUCUUUUCUAUCCUAGCCUGAAGUAUAGGGGACCAAAUCUUUAUCAAACACUGAUGAUCUAUAACAACUCUCAUUUCUGAUGUACUAUAUUAUUUCAGUCUUAGAUUGGGAAGAUUGUAGGAUCACUUGAUUGGAUAAAUCUGUUGUGAGUGUUUUACACUUUGUUUGUAGGUGUUAGUUGAAGGUUUGGCAUGACCGAGCUGCUGGGGUUUUCUUUGGGAGUAGGAAGGCUGCUUAUGAAAUACUAAAGUUUGGGUAUGUAAGUAGAGAUCUGUGUCUGUAGAAGGGCUUGGUGUUCUUCAUAUUCUUUGGAUAUGUUAGCCUUCUUUAGUUACUGUAGUGUGAGAGUCUUUUUCACUUUUCCUCCGGAAAUUUGCAUUAAGCCUCAUCACUUAAAAAUAGUACAUUGCUUACCGUUGCGGGACAGACUACAGUUCAUGAGGUAAAUGCCUGAAGCGAAGGUAGAAAUAUAUUCUUGUACGUAUGUGAUUCUCAUGGGAUUCUAUUAUUAGUACAAUGACUCAAUUACUGAGAUGAAGGUACAAUUCUUUCAUCUUAUAUGUGUGAAUUUUCCCUCUUGAGGGACUACAUGGGAAUUGAGCAAGUUGAAAGUAUUGUAUAAUUUCCAGAAUGAAAUUUGAACUUUGUUGUCAGAUAAUUUGCACUUAAUCCAGCUUUUUAUUUUGAAGUAUAGUGAGCAUUAAUGAAAAAAUAUAGAAUGACUUACAGUGGCUGUUUGAGGUAGUGUUCACAGACUGCCACUAGACCUUUCAGUGCUCUAGCCAACUCCUUUCUUCACCAGGGUGUACCUUGAAGAUUUGGAAAUGUAACCAUCCAGGUUAUAAUAAUUAAUGUGGGAAACUUCCCUACAACUUAGAAUAAUAAUAAAAAAUAAAUAAAUAAAUAAACAAACACUUACAUAUGCCAUACUGGUUGUACUGGUUUUCCAGUUACUCCAUGUAGUCUGUCAUCAUGAUUGCUCUACCUAUAAUGCAGUAUGGUCAAGUAUAGAAUUUGCUUUUCCAUAAUCUUUCAUGAUUUACUGACAACAAGUCAAAACAAACAAAAGUCUUCAGAACCCACUUUUCCUGUGUUUGGUGUGUUUUCAAAAGGUACACCUUGGAAUAGCCGAUGGGGUGCAUGCAGGCUUCUUAAGGCAGACCUAGUUUCCACAUGAACUGUGAUCAUGGGAUGAAUUUUUUAAAUGAAACAUCUUCCCUGCUUCUUCUUUGGACUUAGUUUUGGUUUCCUAAUAUUUUCAUCUUUUUGCAUGAAUGUGCUAUUGUAUGUACAUGUAUUUGUGCAUAUUUGUAUAUAUGCUUGUGUAUGAUAGUUUUUUGGAUUUCAUAUUUUGUAUUAGUGCAAAGCACAUGAAAAGAGCAUUAUGAGUAACCUCUGGCACAGGUUUCUUCAGUGUAUUGGCUUCUUACAUUUCCAUUUCAUAUUUUCUAUCCAAGUACAGUAUUUUCCCAGGUAUCAUAACUUUAGGGGCUGAUAAAGAUCUAUUAUGUUAUACUCUCAUUGUAAAUAGGAGUGUAAGUGCUAUGGAUAUUAUAUAAAUGUUGUUGACUACAUGCUUAAUACUAUAGGUAUUUGUGGCUUAUUUUCUAAAGGUGAUUAAUUGUGUAUUACUGUCAAUGUACAUUUCUAGCCAUUCUCACCAUUGCUGUGUACAAACCAGUUCUAUGGACCAGGAGAGCAUAAUGGUGUAUCUUGGGGAGCAGAGUCAGGGUGAGCUUGGCUGACUGUAUUCACACAUCAGGUGAAAAUUACCCCAGCUACUCACUAUGGAUGUUUUCUCACAAUCACAACAGGUAACCCAACAUACGGCAGUUAGUCCCAUUAAUGCUGUACCUUGUAGUGUAUACUGUUGUCAUUUCCAGUGAAGGGUUUCUGAUUUGGUUCCCUACCUUUUUUUAGUAAUUGAAUGAUGGUAUCCAAUUUAGUUAUCAGGAAAAUAUAAAAUUGUUAAAUCAGGAAUAUUUGGAGGGUACCUUGAUUUUGAUUAGUGUUUUACAUCACCACAAGGCUUGCAUCAAGGGAAUAACUUCAUCUCUUCUGUACAAUACCAAAUUUUUUUAAUUGAAUCUUGCUGAUGAAAUAAAACUAGUUAUUUUGAAUACUCGUAAGAUCUAGUGAUGUGAAAGACAUGGACUUAUUCGAAUUUUAAGAUUGGAAGCUCAUAGAGUUUCUUUAUGCUAGUCAUGGUAUGAUAGAUUUUUUUUUUUUUUUUUUUUUUUUUUUUUUUUUUUUUUUUUUUUUUUUCCUGCUGACUUUGAGGUAGCUCAGUCAUUAUGAUUUGGGUCUGUGUACCAUUUAUGUUCAUGAUAUUCCACAACUGCCACUUGGCGCUCAUUCACAGUGGCCCCACUCAUCACAGUGGCCCCACUCAUCACAGGUGUGUGGCUGAGCUGUGACCUGACCCUGGAGCAGCUCAGUUUUCACCCUUGACCUCUUUUUAGCUUUUUACCGGACACAUAAGAAACACAUCUUUCCUAUUUGUUUUAUGAAUAGCACUGAAUUAUACAGCACUGUUAUGUUCCCUUUCUCGCUUGACAUGAAUGCACCAAGAGUGAAAGCAGAACUGCAUUGUAGGGUGAGGAAACAUAUCCACUCUUGUGGAUGCUCAGAUUACCAGGGUUUUAUUUCGUCAGAACGCAGUCUUAAUUCUGUCAAAAUAAAGAACACUAAUAAAUUUAAUGCCGAAUUCAUGCGUUAUCACAUGCAUACACACGUCAUAUUCAUGUUACUUUUACUUAAACUCUAUUUUUUUACACUUUUGAGUAUUGCUCUCUAGGAAGGUAACAAACUAACCUGUAUAGAAUAACCUCUUGUAGUGCUGGCUGUCUGUGCUGCUGCAGUUCAUGUUUACAGAUUUACAGAUUACUUCCAGAUCAAUAGUCAUUUCCUUAGUCAUUUUUUGUGAGUGAUCAGGCAACCAACAAAUACUCCAUAAUGGCCAAGUGGUGCCGAGGCGAGGGAAGAGCAGGCUGGGCGACGAGGGCUUCCGUGCAUGUGAGGGGACCGUGGGAUUGGUUGAGAGGACCAGCAGGAACAUUUUUAAGGCUAGAGAAUUAACUGGUCACUCAGAAGCUGUAAUUCUGCUUCAAAGGGAAAUCUGUGUUCAGGUUUAAGGUUGAGAUUGCUUCUCAGAAAUAUUCUUAAUUAGAAAUUGUACAAAUACUAGAUGAAGGAAAUUUCCAUUUAUUUAUUUGCCAUUUAGGCUGUAUUUAUGUCAGUAUUCAUUUAGAUCAAUUGAAAUCAUUAUAUCUCUUAAGAAUGAAAAUCUUUCAUGAUGAAAAUGUUUACACUGAUUUAUAGAAAAUGUAAUAUAAUGUUUUUGAUUUGCAUUUUUUGCAAACUAGAGAUUGCUAUGCUUUGAAAUGUAUUCAUAUUGGAUGACCAGCUAAUAUUAUUUUUUUCAAUGCGUGAUCAGCCUUCAGUUAUGUAAUUUCAGCAUGGCAUGGUAUGGUAGGGAUCUCACCGCCAUAGCCAGAGCUCUCACUCUGGGUGUGGUGGUGGUGGGCGUCCCAGUGUGUAUGAGCGGAGGUCAAGCCACUAGUGUUCAGUGAGUUUGUCACUAGUGUUGCUUGGUGACACCAGGACUGUGUGGUGUGGAGGCUGUGGUACCUGCUUACUCUUGCACUCUGGGUGGUCAGUCACUGCCAGGGUGAGUGAUUGUUUGCUGUCUGGCCUCUCAAGCAGAUAAAAGUGUGCAGAAAGCUGAAUAUGACUUAUAAGUAAUGCAAAUUCAUCCAAAUUGUAGUUGAGUUUCAUACCAAAUGGGUUUAGUUGCACAGCAGGAUUAUUACCUAAUGCAAUUUUAUUAUUUUUCUUUCUUAUGAGGAAUAUGUAAUAAGGUGACACGCACUUGUAUUGAUUCAUUAGCUAGCAGUAUCCAAAGUGACCACGUGUAAAAAAGGUAUUUUGAUGACUCCCCCUAUCAUUUGUUAUUACAUUUCCAUUUGUCUUUUUUUUUUUUUUUUUUUUUUUUAAGGGACUUUUUUUUCACCUUCAUUAUUUUUUCACAUGUAUAUGCAUGUUUGGCCGAAUCUCUCUUCCAUUAGUUGAUCCUGUUCCUUUUAGAGUCCAGCCUAUUUACACUCAGCAUGGCUCAUCGUGCUACUGCUGUGUGUGUGUGUGUGUGUGUGUGUGUCCAACCAUUACUUUGAAAUUAACCACUUGCAAAUUUUACUCUGCAUGAAUUUUUAUUCCAAUAUUUCAUUUUGGGGGUAUUUAGACACAACAUGGUUACUUUUUUUUUCCUUCUCCCAAGUUGUCUACUUCUUUGUCUUCAUUUAACAGUGUCUAUGUCACCAAAAGAAAGCCUCUGGUAGAAAUGCUCAAAAAUUGUGUUACGGAUUCCGCUCAUACUCGAUUCAUACCCUGAUUCUGUAUAAAGACCAAAAAAAGAAAAAAAAAUGGAAAAUUGGUCACGAUGGGUAUUGUUAGUUUUACGUGUGUAUAUGUAUGUGCGUGCGUGUAUGCGUGUCUGUAUGAGUGAGGGCGUGCGUGUGUUUCUCACUGGUGUAAAUACGAUGUUGAUGUAUAUGCAUUUAUAUUGUUACAAAUACAGUGAAUAUAUAGUAA